AUGUACCGAGUUGCGCCAGGGUAUCAGGACCCCUCUCGCGCCGCUGCGCCUCCUAUAAACGCUCCCAUUCUCCGCACUAUCGAUUUACCACCUGUGGACGGCGACUACAACGAUGCAGAAGUGCUACGCUUCGCAAUGCAGGGUAGCGGCACACCAUCGGUGCCACACCUACUACUCUCCAACGCGUCGGUGGCACAUGCGCCUAGCCGCCACGCGCCCGUCGCGUCUCUCGACGCACAGAUGGGUCGUUUGAGCAUUUCGGCGGUUCAAACGCCUGCGUCUGAUCCCUCUUUGGGCAGACUCGCCGCCUCUGGAGGCGCGAGGGCUCCACCGCAGCCGCCGCGUCAAGGCAGCAGGCGUACGUCUCCUACUCCUCAGCUUCACGCUAGGAGACAUCCGUCUUCGCAUCGCGCCGGCUAG